AUGGCCAUUAAACAGUUAGAAAUGGAUUCUACUCAAGAAAUAAAUGGUGAGCAGAUUAAUCAGCUGCGUCAAGAACAGCAACAGCUUCUGCAGCAACAGAAGGAACUGUGGCUCAAACAAUUGGACCUGCAGGAGAAACAGUUGAAGCUGCUGGAGAAGCAUGUGGAACUGCUGCAGCGGCAGCAACAGCAACAGUUUAAGAUGGAACUGCUGCAGCAGCAGCAGCAACAGCUGAAUGUGGAACAACAGCAGCAUUUGCAGGAGCAGCCACAGCAACCGCAUCAAGAGGACAGAAGGGGCCGACCGCAUAAUGCAGUGAAUUAUAUUGGAAGAAAUGUGAAAGGAAGAAAAAUAAAUGGACAUCACAGAGCUGCAUCUUAUUCGACAAGACGAGUAAACCAAAUUCGAACUUUCUAUUUCAACUUCAAUUAAUAAAUUAUAAUUUAUUCUUUAAAUAAUGAAGAUUUUUUUCUCUUAGUUUCUUUCUUCUCGUAAUUAGUCACUUAUGUGUACACAUAUUAAGUAUUGAAGAUAAUGCUGCAAGAAAUUGUUGUUGACAUUUGAUGUAAAUGCAUGUUUUUAAAAAUUGCGAAAAUUACAAUUUUUUUAUGCUCUACAUAAAGUUUACAGAGAGAAUUUGUUUAUUUGCUCUUAAGUACUUUGUAGAAAGAGAAUUGUGUAAUAAACAGGAAAAAUUGGUGAGUUUUCAUCAAAGAACUAUUUUUGUGGGUCUGUGAUACUGAGUAAGUGGAUAUUUAUUGUUCCUGUAUAAAUAAAUUUCUUUCUUGAAGACAUAUAGUCAGAACUCAUGUUUUGAUAUUGAGACCAAAAAAA